AAGAUCGCCAUUUGCAAAUUAAUCGGAGUUGGAUGCGUUUGUACAGAAGAAGUAGGCGCAAGUUUGCCGGACUAUUCUUGUGCGGAGUGAAUAUCGUUAAAGGAUAAGAAUAAACCUACAUAAUUAACGUAUCAUCGCUGCAUUUUCUUCACACAUCAAUACCAUCCGAUCACCGUAAACCGUCAGCAUGUCGAACGGAAGUGGUGAUCACGACGAGGAAGGAUAUGUCGUAAAGCUUCGAGGACUGCCUUGGUCUACCACAGUCGACGAGAUAUUGAAAUUUUUCAACGACUGUAGCAUUUCGCAUGGUAAAGCUGGUAUCCAUAUGACUAUGUCGAGGGAAGGAAGACCCAGCGGUGAAGCAUAUAUUGAAAUGGAUACGGAAGAGGAUAUCGAGAAGGCAUGCAAACGAGACAGAGAUCACAUGGGACAUCGGUACAUCGAAGUCUUCAAAGCCAAAAGGGGUGAGAUGGAGUGGGUGGUUAAAAGGAGUGGAUUGAAUUUGGAAAAUGCAAUGGACGAUGGCUGUGUUCGUUUGCGUGGUUUACCAUUUGGUUGUUCAAAAGAAGAGAUUGCACAGUUUUUCGCCGGGUUGGAGAUUUUGCCGAACGGGAUAUCGCUACCUACAGACUACACGGGCCGCAGUACUGGGGAGGCUUACGUUCAGUUUGUUAACAAAGAUGUUGCGGAGAGAGCUCUGCAGAAACACAAGGAAAAGAUAGGACACAGGUACAUUGAAAUAUUCCGAAGCAGCUUGUCAGAGGUUCGUGCCAGCAUUGGUCCUAAAAUGCGCGGAGGCCCAAUGGGUAGUUUCAACCAAAGACCUGCACCCUAUGAUCGUGGGGACAGAUUCGGAGGGAUGAAUCGUUUCAGCAAUAACGGUAGAGGCUCCAGGAGUAGAGACUUUGAUAGUGGAUUAUGGGGUGGAAGCAAUAACUUUGGAUCACGCGGCGGAAAUAUGUGUAUGCGUGGCAGCAUGGAUAUGAAGGGUAAUAACUUUAGAGGCAGUGGAGAUAAUUGGAACGGUGGAAACUCUGGUCUUCACUGUAUCCACAUGCGAGGCCUUCCCUUCAGAGCUACGGAACAAGAUAUUGCAGAUUUUUUCAGGCCUAUUGUCCCCGUGAAUAUACGUCUCUUAUUGGAGAACAGCGGGAGAGCGUCGGGCGAAGCAGAUGUUGAAUUUGCCAGCCAUGACGAAGCUGUCAAAGCUAUGUCAAAGGAUAAAAGCCACAUGUCACACAGAUACAUAGAACUGUUUCUCAACUCGUCUAGUGGAUCAGGUGGUAUAUCAGGAUUGGGAGGGAUUGGCAACUUCUGCGGAGGAUUAGGCAGUAAUUUCAGACCAGGUUAUUCACCGAACAACCGGGGUUACAACAACAGUCAACUCGGAGGAAAUAACUAUAAUAGUUUUUGAGAUAAGUGAUUGAUACUAUGAGAUGAUAUUUGUCAAUGAUCAUGGUCAAUUUUUUUGUCGUUCCCUAUGACGUUCAGCGUUGGUCUUUAAGAAGUGAACAAGUAUUCAAUUUGAUUAAGAUAUUGUCAAAUUACUAUAACUGAUAUUAAUUAUAUAAAUUGAUUAGCUUUAUUAUAGUUUCUUUGUAUCAUCGUCACAUUUAUAUACUUAACUACUUCGAGUUGCAGACUUGAAAUUUUCCUACCCUCGUUUUAUUUACAUUUGUAUAAAUGAUAGUAAUGAUAAUAAUAAUAAUAAAUCUAAUAGCGUUUGGUCAAAUUAAAGACAAGCGAUACAGUGUCAUAUAAGUUUAUGAUAUAUUGCGAACGAUGAUGUACGGUAUAUAAGUUAUGGUACAGAAAAAAAUUACUUUUAUUUUCAUAACAUAUGAUUAUAAACAAUUAUAUGUA